AACUCAAAAGUCAUAAGAGUGCUCGAUUGUGCGAAGCGUUGCUGUAGUUGGAACAUUCAACGUUAAGCAUUAUGCCGCAUAAUGCGCUCUAGUGCUGUAAUUGGAAAACACGGUGUAUGUAUAAAUUACACUACAUAUUAUAUUAAAUAUUAUAUUUCAUACUCAGAUAUACAAUCUGUAGAAAUUUAAAAAAAAAAACUUCUUUGACAUAGAUAACGUAUUACGUCAAAGUCAGUAAUUGUCAAAACAAUGUAUUUACGUCAAACACUGUUGACUGUUACAAAAACUCAAAAACUUCAGUUUAUUGUGGAAUGUACGUAGGAGAGCAUAUUGUGUUGUUCUGAGUUAGCUUCUGCUAUUUACGAAACAUUUAAUUCAUAAUAAAAGUGUAAUUUAACUUCUCUCGUUUGUCAUGUAAAUUAAACAAUACGUGUGAUUAUUUACUCUUGUGAUUGCUUUCAAAAAUGGAUGGAAAUUCAAAGUUUUACGAGGGCUGCGGACAAGAAGGCCCGAUUCGGUGCAUAUUCUUAUGUGAAUUCCACCCAACAGCUGGUCCACGAAUAACAUGCCAAGUACCCGAAGAUUAUAUUUCCAAAGAAAUAUUCGACACAGUUAGCCACUACAUCAUACCAAAAGUGCAGUUGCAGCGAUGCACUUUGACAGUAACUCUACUUGGAUCAAAGAUUUUAGGAUUCCCUGUGCGGAUAGACAAUAAGAAAUAUGCUCGUAAUGCAUACUACUUUAAUCUCUGUUUUGUGUGCGACGCCUGGGCCAGGACAGUGCACUUGGAGCCUCUAGUCAAGAAACUUACUGAAUAUCUUCUAUCAAUGGAAUUGGAAACAGAAUGGCUCUCGAAGCAGUCGCUAUCUGGAGACGCGAAAGCACUCAGCGGACUCAUGAGGCAGGUGAUGCAAGAUAUAAAUAGCAGACGAAUGUGUACACUUACUGUGGGCACGACCACCACGCAUCUGACGGUGGUCCGCGUGAACAGCGACCCGGCGCCCGUGAAGGACCACCAGGUGCCCGUGUUCCUGUACAGCCGCCAGUCGUUUGUCGCUGACCAAUGGGAUCUCACUACUAACCAGAUAUUACCAUACAUUGAUGGGUUCAACCACGUUUCCAAGAUUGCGGCGCUAACUGACGUGGAAAUCAGUCUGGUCAGAGCGUGCGUUCAGAAUUUGGUCUACUAUGGUGUUGUCACGCUGGUGCCCAUCUUUCAGUAUUGUGCGGUGUACAGUGCGACGCCCAAGUUGAGGCAGUUGACGCGAUGUCCAGGCCUGCAGAAACAAUGCGUCGAGUUUUGCGCUAGAUCACCUCGUCAGUUGCCCAAAGUGAGUGACCUUUUCCGCAUGUACGCGGGCAUGACGUACGGCAGCACAGUGCGCGACCUGUGCCGCCGGGUGCGACCGCAAGAACUAGCUAUUAAUGAGAGGAAACUUGUGCUCUUUGGUGUGCUAGAGGGUCUGAUACGGAGAGUUUAUAAGUACCCAGUGACACUCCACAACGACUCAGCCUCGACCCGCAGUGCGCCCAGCGCAUGCGGCCGCUCGUACAACGGGCUCGUGUGUCUCGACGAGCUGUGCUGUACGAGCGGUGUGUCCGUCUCGCUCAUUGAGGAGCAGUUGGAGAGGGACAGCGAUGUUGUGUUCAUUGUGAAGUAGUUUGAAUGUGGGUAGUGCGUCGCAAUUUGGUCGGGUUAUAGUGACUCGCUCAAAGAGGAGAUGGAAUGGGAUAGCGAUGUUGUGUUCAUUGUGAAAUAGUGUACUGAUCGGGUUAUUGUGGGUAGUGCGUAUAGAAACAAAGAAUGGUUAUAAUGAAGGAAGGAUUAUAAUGACUCGCUUACUGAUUAUUAUUAUUACUCGUCCAGUAGUGACAUUAUUGGGUUAUACUGAACAGUCCCUUGAAAGUAGAUUAGGUAAUAGUGUGCUACCAACCAGCACGCGAUUUCAAAGUGUUGUAGUGACGAGAGAUGGUGUUCAUUGUGAAAUAGACCUUUUUAAAUGAUUGGACGAUGUGACGAAAUCGACAAGAGACGUGAAAUAACGUUGUGGUUUUGAAAUGGGCGUUUUAUAGUGACUGGUCCUUUGAGGAACAGAUGGAAAAGGCUCGUUGCUAAAUAGUGAUUUUAAAUGGCCGGAUUAUAGUGACUCGAUCAACGAGCAGUAGAUGGAUAGUCAGUGCGUUGUGUUCAUUGUUAAAUAGUGCUUCUUAUAUUGUAUAAUUAGGUUUAAAAUUUAUGAGACUUUGGAAUUAAAUUGUUAGCGGUAAUCAAGAAUGAGUAGUAAUAGUAGAAGAUAUUAAAAGUGUGGUGUGUAGCUUCCUUGGAAAAUAUACUAGAUAUGAAUUUUUUGUAAAAACAUAGAACAUAUAGUGACAAAAAUAUUAUAUAUAUAGACUUUGGUUAUAAAAGAAGACUUUGUAAUGGAACUUGUGACGUAAACCAAUUAGAAUUUAUUAAAUACGACCAUAAAAAUUAAAAAAAAUUAAUUAGUUAAUACAUAUUGUUAGGACUCUAUUGACCUUUUUUGAAUAUUGAAAAUACAAUUUUUUACAACUAAUACAAAAGAAAUUUUUUGACUUCGAUAUCCAUUGUAUGUGUUAUGAAUUUGUACUAGAUGCAUUGAUUUUUUUACAUUUGUUUAAUAUAAAUAGAUUUAUCGCUAACUGAGAAACUUAAAAUAAUAUUUGAAAGUUUAUUUAAAAAUGUUAAAAGUGCAUAUUAUGUAUUGUGUAAUGUUAUAUGUAUAAGGAAAUAAUGGCAAGGAAACACAAACUAAUCUAAACGAAUUAGUUUAGGCUUGACACAUGCAAUACUGUGUUUCUGCACCAUUAUAAUUAUAAGUCUAUGCUCAAUAUUAGUCGUAAAAUAUUUUUAUAAUUAUCAAAUAUACACUGUGUACAUAAUAAAGGUGCUAUUUCUUAAAUAAAAUAAAUCAUUUAUUUUCACAUAGGUAAUAAUUUUACAAUUCAAAGUGACCCAGGCUCCUAAGAUAGUAAGAACUGUUUCAGGAGCCUGGAAAUGUUCUAAAUUUUAUACAUUUUUACCGAAGACUAAGUCCCACCGAGUCACCUAUAGGGGCAUUCUUUGUUACAUGGGGUUUCUAAACUCUUUUUUGUGUAAUUAUUGUAUAUUCUAGCGCUUAUUUUAUAUAUUUAGUACGUACUUUUUGAUAGAAAUUAAAAUAUUCAUAGUUGUCUUCUGUAUGUAAAAAUUGUUGUGAAAUAUUAGAUUUAAGUUUUUAUUACUGUACCUGAUUAUUUCAAUAGGUACAUUAAAAGUCCCAUUUAAAUAAAUAUGUAAUUUUAGUUUUGUUAUCACUGACUCUAUUUUCCAGAAUUAUAAAAAAUAAAAAUAAUUUAAUUCGCCAAACUGACUUUUUCAUAUUUUUUUUCUAUUAUUAUUUUUCUAUAACCAUAUAACAUUAAUAAAUAAAAAAUACAUUUUUUUAGAUUUAAGUCAUCAUUGUAAAUACAUAUAACUACCAAAAGUGAAACUAAAUAACAUGAUAUUAACUUUUCUGUCUAUGCCUAGUCUAUAUUUAAUUUUUAAUGGCGCCUAGUCAGAACGACGAAUCAAUGCAAAACAAUGUUUUUAUUAAGAAUAGAACUAGAAACUUAAAAGGAAACAUUUUUAACGCACAUUUUUUAAUAACCGCAUUUAUUUAAUAAGAAACAUACCAUUUAGUGUUUGUUUAUAAUACAAAAAUACCUAUAUAUCUUGUUUUUGCAAAAUUAGUAAAAAAUAGUGUCUAUAAAUUUUGUUAUUAUUAUUAGAUGUUAUUUAUAUGUUAGGAACUUAUAUUCUCAAUAUAUUAAUCACUUGUCUUGUAUUCGAUUUAUAUGUAAUUUAAUUCAUUCAAUAUUUAAUAACAUACUUUUUUCAUAUUAUAUAGAAAGUCAAACCUUAAGAGGUUAAAAAUGUUGAAAUUAUUUUUUUCAAAUAGUUACUUUAAUAAUUUUUGAAAACAAAAUGUAACAUAAGAAAAGCCAUACAUAUUUAUUUACUAAAGCUCAUUUUUCAAUAUUUAUAACUAUGUUAAACCUUUACUUUUCAUGAGAUCGCUGUAUUUACUAUAAAUAUGUACUGAAAAAAUAAGAAAAAAUGGCAAAAUUUUAGAUUUAAGUGACUUUAGUAUAAGUGUAUGUAUUUGUAAUCUGUUGUUUAUAUUUUAAGAGAUUAUUGCUUUAACUUGUUAGUCCUAGAUUGAUUUGGAAAUAUAUUGACGUGUAAAGUAUAUUUACAAUGUUUAUUCUUGUUUGUAACUCAAAUAAAUGUUUUUAUUCA